GAUAUCAUGUUAUCAAGUUAUGUGUCUGAGAACUUGUUUCCAACUUUGUGCUCAACUUAAUCUGACCCUCUUAGUUCCUGGUUUAUUGAAUGAUUCUAGUUAAUUUAUAUUUUGUCUUUUUGAUCUUUUUGUCUUCUUCUUUUUUACACAAACAAUACUGAGAGAGGGGUUAUUCGAGUAUUCAAACACUCUAUGUAUUCGAACACUGGACUUCAGGUGCAGGGGUAACCGUUCUUAAUCACUUGAGCUUUGAACUUUAAUCUUCAACUUGCAUGAGAACCUAUUUUGUUUCUAAUCAUGGAUUAAGCUUGAUUUAUAAUUGUCAUUUAGGAAGGCAUUUUAUUUUGACUACAUGUUGGAUUCAUUUUAAUUACUGUGUGAAUUGUCAUGAAUUUGUCUUUCUUUGCACAAUGUUCUGCCCCUUUUUGAUCUUCUUUUCUUUCUUUGUUUAUCAUUUCCACGGGGGGAGAUAUUAUUGGGCCUACGCUCAUUGCAAAGCUGUCCAAGCGAUGUGCUUCAGCUAUGUUGUUCAACAGAACAAAAUCUAAUGAAUGCAGAGCUCAGUAUGGAGAGCGUUCUCCACCCCCAUCAGCUGCUAGCUUUUGGGUGUGCCAAUGCAAAUAUUUUGCACAGAUCUCAUUCGGCAAACCAUAGCUACCAUUUCUAUAAUGAAGGAAGGAAACAGAUAAGUAUAAUAUUUAAUUUGAAUAUGGCAUCUCAUCGGCGGCAAAGCCAGGAGAUAAGAUAUCCUCAGUUUGUAGUUUGGGAGCUACAGCCAGAUAAAAAAAUGAGUAGUUUGGGAGGCCUAGUGGUCAUUGUUUCUAGCUUUCUGUGUCUGUUUGUUCUCUUAGCUCUCAUCAAGGCCUUUCACAAACUAUGGUGGACUCCGAGGCGUAUACAGAAUCUGAUGGCUUUGCAGGGAAUCAAAGGGCCUUCUUACAGACUUAUCCAUGGAAACACCAAAGAAAUCUUCAACAUGAAAAUGGAAACUAUGGGCAGUCCCAGAAAUUUAUCAGAUGACGUGUUAUCUGCAGUUCAACCUCAUAUUCGCUCAUGGACCAAGAUAUAUGGGAAGAAUUAUCUUCAGUGGCAUGGUUCUCAAGCUCAGUUGGUCAUUAUGGAACCCGAGUUGUGCAAAGAGAUACUAAGUAACAAAGAUGGAGCUUAUCCGAAAAGAGAGCCCGAAGGCUAUGUCAAGAAGCUAGUAGGAGAUAGUAUGGGAACAACAAACCAAGCUGACAAAUGGGCAAAAGUGAGAAAGCUGGCCAACCAUGCCUUCCAUGGAGAGAGCUUAAAAAGUAUGAUCCCGGCAAUGAUAGCUAGUGCUGAGACAAUAUUAGAUGGGUGGAAAAAUCAUGAAGGAAAAGAAAUUGAGGUUUACGAACAAUUUAGGUUGUUCACUUCAGAAGUGAUUUCCAGGACGGCAUUUAGCAGCAGCUACUUAGAAGGGAAGAGUUUUUUUGACAAUUUGAUGAAGUUAUCCUUCUUAUUAGUCAAAAAUUCUUUCAAAGUCAGAUUUCCUGGCAUCAGUAAGAUUUUCAAAUCCAGUGAUGACAUAGAAUCAGAGAAGCUUGAGAAAGCAAUGCGCGACUCCAUCAUAGCGAUUGUUAAGAAAAGAGAAAAGGCGGCAAAGACUGGAGAAGAAAACAACUUUGGGAAUGAUUAUCUUGGAUUACUUUUGAAGGCUCAUCUUGAUACCAAUGAUUUGGUUGAUGAAUGCAAGACGUUUUACUUUGCUGGACAAGAAACCACUAAUGGUUUGCUUGCUUGGAUUAUCUUUCUUAUGGCACUUCAUACAGAUUGGCAAGAGGAAGCAAGAAAGGAGGUCCUAAAAUUAUUUGGCAAACAAAACCCAACACACGAUGACAUUGCCAAGCUAAAAACAAUGAGCAUGGUCAUCAAUGAGUCUCUGAGGUUAUACCCUUCUGUUCUUUCCAUUGAUAGGAAAGUUACAAGGGAAGUUAAACUGGGAAGGCUCAUUGUUCCUGCUAAUGUUGAAUUGCUCAUCUCAUGUCUAGCACUUCACCAUGAGCCUCAGUUCUGGGGGGAAGACGUGCACCGUUUUAAACCAGAUCGAUUCUUGGAAGGUGUUGCUAAAGCUACAAAUAAUAACGUAGCCGCAUUCUUACCCUUUGGAAUGGGACCUCGAACUUGCGUGGGUUUCAACUUUGCAGCCACUGAAGCAAAAAUUGUUCUGUCAAUGAUUCUACAGCGCUACCACUUCACCCUUUCCCCUGGUUAUGUCCAUUCACCCGUUGAUUAUCUAACAAUUCGUCCACAACAUGGAGUUCAAGUGAUGCUACACAAACUGUAAACUGCGAAGACGAGAACUGCGAACAGAUCGGGCAAUUGGUGUAUGGAAAAAUUUGAAGCCACUGGAUGCGGUACCCUAGUAUAAAAGAGUGCAACUGAUUUACAGAUUUUCAAAGUAGUAAUACAAAUGUAAAAGAAUGGUUCGUCUUAGCAAAGACAAAAGCCUGAACAUGUGAAAGAAUAAACUCAGGAUGCUUUCAAGCCCAUCAGGGAUGUAAUUGGUUAUAGCCAGGUUCGAAGUUUCCAUAAAGACUCAUGAUUGUUCUUAUGCUUUCAA